CCAGGAAGUAAGAGUCUGUCAACAUAAAACGCUGCAAGGGAUGACUUCUUCAGAAUGGCACCUUUCGUUAAAGCUGGUGGAUCAGCCCAAAUCCACCUUCCACUUCCCAGAGAUGAUGCCUGGGGACGUCCCACCAGGAGGAUACAGAGUGGCCACGUUAAAGCAGCUUGUUGCAGCUCAGCUUCCAGAACAAAUCCCAGAUCCUGAGCUAAUAGAGCUGGUUCACUGUGGGCGUAGGCUGAAAGAUGACCUCACAUUGGAUGCCUGUGGAGUUCAGCCAGGUUCCACUUUACAUAUUCUCAAGAAGACAUGGCCUGAACCAGAGGGUAAUCCAGAGCCUGUGAACAGAGCCACAGCAGCCAGAGAGUUCAGGGUGUUUAAUGCGGCUCUUCAUUCACUCAACUCAGCGUAUAGAGACUCAGUUUAUAAAAUGCUGACAAACAAAGAAUCCCUGGAUCAGAUUAUUGUAGCGACUCCUGGGCUCAAAUCGGAUCCGGUGGCUCUUGGAGUGCUUCAAGAUAAAGAUCUCUUUGUGCAGUUCACAGACCCCAACAUGCUGGAUGUAUUAAUCAGUUCACAUCCGGCUCUUGUCAACGCCAUCAUCCUAGUCCUGCACUCAGUGGCAGGCAGCAUGCCCGCCCAGUCCAGCGCCAGCUCCUCCCGUAACGUUUCCGCCAGUUCUUACAGUGAUAUGCCAGGAGGCUUCAUGUUUGAAGGCAUGUCUGAUGAUGAGGAUGAUUUCCAGUCUGGGAGUCCAGCUGGUCCCUCCAGUCGAGGAGGGCUCCCGGCAGGAAUGCGACCCGUCUCUCUGGGCCACAGCGGAGCGACGGGACCUCGGCCUAUAACGCAAAGCGAGCUGGCAACUGCUCUGGCCUUGGCCAGCACACCAGACAGUAGCGCUGUUACUCCAACAACUGCAAGUCAGAUGGACCCCUCCAGUGGCGGAGCCCCAAUGCCAGCUGGCACACCAGUCAGUAAUGAUCUCUUCAGCCAGGCUCUACAACAAGCCCUGCAAGCCACCAAUAUGUCCUCUCUGCAGGGGCGUUGGCAGUCCCAGCUGCAGCAGCUCAGGGACAUGGGGAUCCAGGAUGAGGAGUUGAUGCUGAGGGCGCUGCAGGCCACAGAUGGGGACAUCCAGGCUGCCCUGGAGCUCAUAUUUGCUGGAGGCCCUGGACUCUAAGCCUGCUCUCCCAUGGACAAACCCCCCUCGGUGGAGGAGAGAGCGGGAAAACAUCUGGCUCACCUGACUGCCAACAAAUGAUGAGGACAUUUAUGACCUACACUGUCUGGUUGUUGUUGCUGCUGCUGCACCAUUCAGUUUUAAUUAACGGCUGGAACUGUUGAAAUUUACCUCCGGGGGGGAGGGGCUAAUCUUAUGUUGCUCUUGAUUUGUUUCAUUAUUGCUAUAAAUACGGACAAGUCAGAAUAAACCUGUUUUAAAGAAA